AUGUCUCUUGAAGAGAAGUUCAACGCUGCUGUGAAUGUUAUCAGAAGCCUCCCAAAAAGUGGUUCUUACCAACCCAGCAAUGAGCUGAUGCUAAGGUUCUACAGUUACUACAAGCAGGCGACGGAGGGGCCAUGCGACAGACCCAAGCCAGGUUUCUGGGACGUGGUCAACAGAGCGAAAUGGGAGUCAUGGAACAAACUAGGCAAUAUGACAAAAGAAGAAGCAAUGCAUGCGUAUGUGGACGAGUUACAUAAGAUAGUGGAAACUAUGUCAUACAACUCGGACAUAGCCUCAUUCCUGUCGGUGGACGACGACGACCAGGGUUUUCCCAAUAACGACCUCGAACUGGUUGCCGGUGAUGUACUCGCCCGUGUGCGCUCCGAACACAAUACGCCUGUUUGUUCACGUUCAGUGAGCGGCGCGUCAUCUCCGGUCCGCAACGCGUCGCCGCCGCGGACACGACACGACUCUGACGACGAGUUCAUUGAUACUGUUGAUAGUGAACCAGAGAUACAACCGCAAACACAGAGCGUUCCCCGAUUGAGUAACGGACAUGCGCACCAAAUUACGUCUCAAUUAACGCAUUUGAAAGUACUAGAGCAGCUGCCGGGAGCGCUGGCACGACUGGAGGCCGACGUGGCUGCUUUGAGGAAAGCUGUUGAAGGAGACCGUAGGCUUCUAGACCAAGUGUCACGAGUGGGCGCGGGCUGGCGCUGGCCGUGGCAGGAGCUGAGCGUGCCCACGCUGCUGCUGCUCGCCGCCUGGCCCUUCCUCGCCUACCGCAUCGCUGCCAGCUUCCAGCGCCGCCGCACAUAA